UGACCAUAGGUCCGCUUGGGAGACAGCAAUAUAAUGAUUUCGACUUCCAGUCUAUCGGAAGAGCUCUGCACUGUGAAAAGACAAUUCGCCAUGAGCUCUACUGUCGCACCUGUCCUACCUCAAGGCGCCGGGUACGGCGUUGUCGUUGGCAUUGGCCUCUUCUUCGCACUGCUUAUGGCAUGUGUGUCAUACCUACAAAACCGAUACACGCAGUAUUCAACGAAAACUAGCGAGGAGUUCAAUACGGCCAGCCGCAGCGUCAAGCCUGGCCUAAUCGCUAAUGGAGUGGUGUCCGCAUGGACAUGGGCAGCGACUCUGUUGCAAAGUAGCACAGUUGCUUAUGAGUAUGGAAUCUCUGGUCCGUUCUGGGUAGACGCCGCCGGUUCAACUGUACAGAUCUUCAUGUUCUCCGUCUUAGCUUGCAAGGUCAAGCAAAACGCCCCGUACUGCCAUACAUUCCUUGAGAUUGUUUAUCAUCGCUACGGGCAAGCGACGCAUCUUGUGUUCGUAUUUUUUGCCCUUAUGACCAAUACUCUCGUUGCGAGCCAGCUGUUGCUUGGAGGCAGUGCGGUCGUCACAGCCCUGACCGGCAUGAACGUCUACGCGGCUGUCUUUUUGAUCCCCCUCGGCGUCUGUAUCUAUGUCGUUCUCGGUGGCCUGCGGGCGACGUUUCUAUGUGAUUACACUCACACAGUCAUUGUCAUGGUCAUCAUCCUCUACUUCAUGUUCGACGUCUAUACGAGAAACGAGCUGAUCGGUUCGCCCUCUCAGAUGUACGAUCUCCUCAAGACAGCCGCAGUUGAACGUCCUGUAGAAGGGAACAUAGAGGGGUCGUACGUCACGCUCAAAUCCAACUCUGGUCUUGUAUUUGGUGUUAUCGAGCUAUGCACCGGCCUAAGCACGGUAUUUCUUGAUCAGGGCUACUGGCAGCGAGCCAUCGCCAGUCGGCCCACCACCGCUGUCCGGGCCUAUAUCAUGGGCGGCUUGUCCUGGUUUGCAAUCCCCUUUGGAUUCGCAACCACCCUGGGUCUUGCCGCUGUAGCGUUAACGAACAACCCCCGGUUCCCGACUUACCCGAACAAUAUGACAAGCAGUCAGAUCUCAGCAGGUCUCGCGGCUCCAUUUGGCGCCACAGCCCUUGCCGGGAAGGGCGGUGCGACUGCCUUGCUUUUGACACUGUUCAUGGCCGUCACCUCCUCCGCCUCGUCUCAACUCAUCGCCGUAUCGUCGAUCCUGACAUUCGACAUUUACAAAACCUACCUCAAGCCCAAGGCCACUCCUCAACAGCUCAUCUUCGUCUCCCAUAUAAUGAUCUGCAUCUUCGGCGUGGUUAUGGCGUGCGUUGCCUGCCUCUGGAACGGCAUCGGGAUCGACCUGGGCUGGCUGUUCCUGGUAAUGGGUCUCUUGAUUGGCGGUGCGGUCUUCCCGGCUGCAUUCACCAUCCUCUGGAAAGGACAGACGCGCCUAGGUGCUGUCUGCGGUGCAAUUGGUGGCCUGGCAGCUGGGCUGAUUGCCUGGCUGGUUGAAGCCAAAGUAUACUAUGGCGAACUCACCGUAGCUACAACAGGUGCCAACUACCCCACAUUGGCCGGGAACAUGGCGAGCGUCUUGACUGGUCUCAUUCUCACUGUUGGAAUCUCUCUUCUCAAACCGGAUGACUUCAACUGGGAAAAGACCCGAGCUAUUAACGCGCCAGCUACAUAUAACCCGGAACCCGUCAUCGAAUCUAAACCUCCCAUGGCGAUCAAGACGACGCGCGUUGACCAAAGUGAGAAAACAGCAGACUCUGCGGUCAUCGAGGAUCCAAAAGCUCUACAGAAAACAUUCGUCAUGGCCGUCGUUGUAUCUGCCGUUCUGUCGCUGAUCAUGGACAUCAUUAUCCCAAUUCCUAUGUUUCUUAGCCAUUAUAUCUUCUCCAAGGGCUUCUUUACGGCGUGGGUAGUAAUAUCGUUUCUCUGGGUAUUUGCCGCCUUUUUCCUCUGUGGGAUUUUGCCAGUCGUUGAGACGAGGCGAUUCUGGGGGAUGCUGUUUAAGAGGAUGUUUGGAAAGAAAGUGGUCUUGGAUGCGCAAGUGCAGCAGGGACAGAGUUCUGAAGACGACGCGCAACGCGCGAGCAAGGACUCAAUAGCCUAG